AAAAUACUAAAAGACUCCAAUUAGGUGAAAAAUUUAGGUUCUGUUGUCUCCCCUUUCCUUUUUGUUGUAAUUGGGUCUUACACCUAGUUGAUCAUCAUCAUCAUCACCAUCGAUCUUUCACCUUUCCUAACCAAAACCCUAUUUGAUCUGAACCCCAAAACUCUCUGUUUUUAUACUUUUAUGUAUAGGGGUCUAGUGCUUAAACCGUGUACCCAGUAACCCACUAGGCCACUAAGUUGUAGUACUAGGGUUUUCUAAGACUAUGGAGCUCAACCCUCUUCUGGGUCCUCCUCCACUUUGAAUCCCUUUGAUCUCUUAUUGGUUCUCCGAGAGGUUCAGAGGGUCUCUCGGGUUUUGUAGCAGUUGGGUUUUUGUGUGUAGAUUUAUGCAUGUAGGCGGGUGUAUAUGGCUUACCCACAACAACAGAAUCAACAACCGCUUUUCAGUUCGCCGUUUGGGGACACGACGUUGACGAAGGUCUUCGUCGGAGGGCUGGCCUGGGAGACCCAGAGCGAGACGCUGCGCCGCCACUUCGACCAGUACGGCGAUAUACUCGAGGCCGUCGUUAUCACCGAUAAGAACACCGGCCGAUCCAAAGGCUAUGGCUUUGUGACAUUUCGUGAUCCCGACUCUGCAAGAAGGGCCUGUGCGGACCCGAAUCCUGUCAUUGAUGGCCGAAGGGCUAACUGUAAUCUUGCUUCUCUAGGCCGGCCUCGCCCAUCAUUCCAUUUCCAUGGGCAAUUGAGAUCACCAGCGCCAAUCCUUGGUCGUGUGCAAGCUCCAAGAGCUGCUUCUUACAUGGGGAGUCCUGGUUAUCAACACCCUCUUUCUCAUGCUUAUCAGCCCGGGUUUGUUUACCCUUCUUAUGGGUACACGGCAUAUGGACCUGAAUAUGUCUACCCACAGCAGGGUGUCUACGGUCCUUACAUGAAUCAGCAAUACCUUCAGAUGUACGGUGUACCGGGGACAGUCAAUCCCGGUGUAUAUCCCUAUGGACAAGUAGGUCAUUCUCCUUCCGGCAAUCCUGGGUAUACAACGGUUCAAAGCUAUGGAAUUCCAGGCCAUCAUGUAGUGCAAUUCACUGGGUCCAACGUCAGUGGAGCAUCACCAGUUGCGCUUCCCACAAUUCAAACACCAUAUCCUGCAGGUAUAGCUGCACCAGCUCCAGGACAGGCGCAACUGAUUCUUCCGACUAAUUCUCCUCAGUUCACCAGCAGUUCUGAUCAAACUGCAGGAUAAGUGGUAAAUCAAGGUCACAUCUUGAGGUCAUUCAUGAUGGUCAUCAGAGAUACCGCAAAGUCAGUCAGCUAUUAGAUGUCGAGUCAUUCUGAAGUGUACCCUUCUUGAGUCAUGAGCCU